CGGUCUCUUCUUUAGGCAGGCCUUUGGCGAUCUGUCUAUUAAUCUGUGGCGUCGUAUGCCCCAACUUGCUCCGUUUUACUUCAAUGCGCUCGUAUUGGUCCAAUUCGAGGAGCGCAUCAAUACGACCGCAUUGGAGCAGAGCUGAUAUUCUCCAUCGCAUUCAACGGAAGAAAUUCCUAGGUAGCAAUCGACCGAUAUCUAGGAAUUUUCUCCAUCGAAUGCAUCUAGUGUAAAAAUAAACAGAAGUUUGGACUUUUGGAACCUUGACUAUUUUAUGCAAUAUUUGGAAGCAUUAUAUUUUUAGUGAAAGAAAAAUAAUAAUAAAAUAGAAUAAAGUAUGCCGAAAGUACGACGGAGCAAAAAACCACCUCCCGAUGGCUGGGAGUUGAUCGAGCCGACUCUAGAAGAACUGGAACAGAAAAUGCGCGAAGCUGAAACCGAACCGCACGAGGGCAAAAGGAAACAAGAAUCUCUGUGGCCGAUUUUUAAAAUUCAUCAUCAGAAAUCGCGUUAUAUAUACGAUCUAUUUUACAGAAGAAAAGCGAUAAGUCGCGAAUUGUACGAUUACUGUUUGAACGAAAAUAUUGCGGACAAGAAUCUGAUUGCCAAAUGGAAGAAGGUUGGCUAUGAAAACUUAUGUUGCCUGCGAUGCAUUCAGACAAGACCGAAUUUCGGUACAAAUUGCAUCUGCAAGGUGCCUAGCAAACUCGAAAGAGGCCGAAUAGUAGAAUGCAUUCAUUGCGGUUGCGAGGUUUGUUCAGGUUGA